AUGCCUCUCAUCGCACAGAACCCCCAGCCCCGAGUCAUCCUAGGCUUGAUGACCUUCGGUCCCUCCACGGACAAGGGCGCCCGUAUCACCUCGCUAGACGAGUGCAACCGCUGCUUGGACUACUUCCAGCAGCAGGGCUUCAAUGAGAUUGACACCGCCCGGACCUACGUCGGCGGCGAGCAGGAAGCCUUCACAGCCAAGGCCAACUGGAAACAGCGGGGCCUCACUCUAGCCACAAAAUGGUACCCCGGCGCGGCCGGCGGACACAAGGCCGAGGUCUUGCGUGAGAAACUCGAGCUGUCGCUCAAGGAGCUGGGUACCGAUACGGUCGAUAUUUUCUACCUGCAUGCGCCGGAUCGGUCGAUUCCUUUUUCAGAGGCGCUCGAGGCGGUCAAUCAGCUGCACAAGGAGGGUAAGUUUGUCCAACUAGGGUUGAGUAACUAUACGGCUUUUGAGGUCGCGGAGAUUUGUACGCUCUGCGCUCAGAAUGGCUGGGUGCGCCCGACUAUCUACCAGGGCAUGUAUAACGCCAUCACACGCAAUAUCGAGACCGAGCUGAUCCCCGCCUGCCGCCGAUACGGCCUGGACAUCGUCAUCUACAACCCCCUUGCCGGCGGCCUGUUCUCAGGCAAGUAUAAGACGCACGAUGUGCCCGCCGAGGGCCGAUAUAGCGAUGCCAGCUCCGCCGGCUCCAACUACCGCAAGCGCUACUUCAAGGACGCCAACUUCGAAGCUCUGAGCGUCAUCGAGCCCGUCGUUGAGAAACACGGGCUGACGAUGGUGGAGACUGCGCUGCGCUGGGCGCACCACCAUUCGGAGCUGAAGAUGGACAACGCCGGUCGGGACGGAAUCGUGAUUGGCGUUAGCAGCUUUGAGCAGCUGAAGUCUAAUCUGGAGAAUGUCAGGAAGGGCCCGCUGCCCCAGGAGGUGGUGGAGGCGCUUGAUCAGGCAUGGAUGAUUGCCAAGCCGACGGCGCCGAACUACUGGCAUUUGGAUCUGAAAUAUACAUAUGACACACAGGCAGCUCUGUUCAAGCCGAAGGCUUAG